CGGGAACCGUAUUCAACACGCCGGAGGCCUUGACGAUAGCCUCGAGAGCAUCCUCGUUCUUCUCCUUCUCCAACAGAGGUCUGACCUCGUCGCCAACCUGGACGGCAUGUUCAGUCUUGGCCGAGUUGGCCUGGAUGUAGUCGGCCAUCUCCUGGGCCAGCUCGGCGAAAGUGCCAUCGACAAAAAUUAGCUGAGGGGAAGCCAUUCUCGCGGUGUUGUCGGCGUGGGGGGUGUAGGAUAAGCUGUAAAAUUCGAGAAAAAGUGCGGCGCCUUUGACGACCGAGUCGGUGUACUUGGUAGUGUUGUGGUCCGAGUAGUCGCUCAAAUCGGACGGGGUACGGUCGGAAUGGAGGUCAGAGAGGGGCUUGGACCGACCGAUAUCGUGAAAAUCUUCUGGUAUUGCUGGCGGAGAAAUCGCAUCCAGAGACUCGUAGGGCGGUAGGGGGCCCGGCGGGAGGGUUCGGACUGGUGGGAGCACUUUCUUUGUCGAUUCCUGGCCCUCUGCUGCUUUCGCCUUGUCAAACCCUGAGGCGGCAGAAUCUUGUUGCCCCGCAUUCAAUGCCAUUUUUCUCUGGAUCUGUGGGCGAUAAAUCACGUGAAAAUAGCGCUAGGCGAUAAGAAGAUAGUUAACCGAGAGGCGCUAGUCUUGUAGUAGAAGGCGGGGCAGUAUCGCCAGCCUGAGCUUUCACUUGAAGUCACUUUUGUCAACAAUAGCAUGGCGACAAUAGUGGGCGCAACAAUAGCUCUCCUUCUUCGGCGACAACUCCAGCCAACAGCGUGAGAUGCUGGCCGGAAACAUCAGGCUCAAAACUGGCCAUUGAUGAUAUCAGCAAACACUAAUGGUAUUCUGAAGGGAUCACCAGCACUAUAACUCUCCCAAGCCUCAGUAACUAUCUCUUCGCAGGAUCAGGGAAUAAAAGUCGACAAGUACUCAUGCAAAAAUACCAACCGUUUCGAACCGCUGAGCUCCAGAUGUCAACCCUGCCUCGACCGACAUCAUGAAGUGGAACGGGGCUUCCUUGCGCCACAUUUGGUGAGUCACAUCAAACUUUCAGUGCGAAGCCCACUUGACCCCAGAAAUCUGGACAUGACCAGCCCUACGGCAAGACAACAGCACGCCCUCGGUGUCAGCCCCUGCAUCAGCUAAGCAUCCUGGUUGCGGCGGGUCAUUCAAAAGCCCACUGCAAGUGUUGACUGUGGACAAGAAAUUGGGAACUGCCGCAAUGAGGUGUGUGCUCUCUCGCAAUUUCUCGACGGAGCCACCUUCCAACUGCCUUGAACAAGCUUGAUGGACCAUUUCGAAGGCAUUUCCCUUACUCUCCAAGCCUUUCAACGGUCCUUUAGAGCCUUGGCAUCUUCAACCUACCAUCUUCCAACGCAGACCUUUUUCAAUGCCUUUCAAAUAAAUGUCUUCCAACACUUGCCGCGCGAUGCCCUUAACCUAUCUCUUGACGCCCUUUAGCUACGCUUGACACCUCACGACAGUUGUACAAGAACUUUCGACCAUUGCUUGACGUCUUUAGGAACUGGCGAUACUUGUUAUUUUGUCCACUCUCGACGAUCGUAGACCCCGGUCCCCUGAGUCAGCCGGCGAUUGGAGGUGCUCACUGGAGCCUAGCGCACUGUGUACACCAAGAGGCCGCUGAGGCGCUGAGGCGCGGUUCGUUCCUUACCAAGCUCCCGCGAGUGAUGCUAUGAUUUCUCGAGGCAGGAACCACAACGUGCACACCAUUCCUUCCUGACAUCCACUACCUAGCUCACCCGCCCAGUCGACCCCAUUUGGCUGUCUGCCUAUUUAACGACUGUCGCACCUGCUACUUAAUCACACUAUUACAGGCUCCUAUACAGCCCACGCCGUCAUGGCUCCACGAUCUGAGGCCAGUCAGCUCAAGCGAGGUCGCGCCGUAUGUACCCUCUUCUUCUAUGGCGUCACUGUCAUACAUCGACAUGUUCCGCCGAUUAAUCUCUCUUCUCCUUCAGGGCUCUACGGGCGACGAUGCUCCCUCUGAAUCAUUCAAGAAGCCCCGCCGGUCCGAGCGACUCUCGCAGCGCACCGACAACGACCUGGUCAAGACACCAGUCAUCAACAAACAGCAUCUUCCAUCACCCGUGACACAUUUGACGAGCGAAGGAACCGAUGAGUUUGCCAAGGAAGCCACGGCGACACCUUCAGAGGGCCGCGUCUCCCAGCGUCGCGAUGAGUACAUGCAUUCUCAAGUGGCGGCCCUCAGUUCUCCUCCCCAGGACACGCAAGCGUUCAGUCAGACACACGUAGACCCCAACGCACCGCUCUCCGAUGAGGUGGAAGAUGAGGUAAAGGAAGGGGUCUGGGGAUACCUACUUCCUAUGGACACCCGUUACGGAGGCACAUGUGUGGUGAUGAGGAAGAGAGGGUCUUGCCCUCCUUCUGAAACCGUGGCCGGCGCCGUCUCCGGUGCAAAACAGCCUGCUAGAAAGGGCAGGGGGGCUCUUCUCAAAGAGCAGGAGGCUUUCGAUCAGAAGCAGAAGUCAGGGAAAGGGCUCUCCUCUGGCGGUUAUCUCAUUGGGAGACACCCCGAAUGCGACAUCCAAGUUGAUGAUCCGAUAGUUUCGAACCGUCAUUGUCUUUUGUUUACAGAACACAAGGGAAACGACACAGUUGUGAUUAUCGAGGAUCUUUCCAGCAAUGGCACAUACGUCAACGAUCAGCUCGUUGGGCGGAACCAACGGCGUGAGCUGAAGGAGUAUGACGAAAUUGCUGUCAUGGACAAGGCCAGGUUCAUUUUCCGGUAUCCCAAAAACCGACAUGCCAAUGCCUUCUUACAGCAAUACACGCCCAUCGAGAAGCUGGGAAAGGGCCAUUUUGCCGAAGUAUAUCUCUGCAUUGAGAAAUCCACAGGGCAGCGCUAUGCUGUCAAAGUCUUCACCAAGACACCAGGGGUGGAAGAGCGAUCGAAAAACGAAGGCCUCCAGCAAGAAAUUGCGAUGCUCAUGGGUGUUAGCCACCCGAAUGUUCUAUGCCUCAAGGACACCUUCAACGAACCCAAUGCCGUCUAUUUGGUGCUGGAGCUUGCGCCGGAAGGAGAGCUGUUCAACUACAUUGUGAAGAAGCAGAAACUGAGCGAGUCUGAAUGCCGGAAGCUGUUCACCCAAUUGUUUCAGGGUGUCAAGUAUUUGCACGAUCGGAACAUUGUGCACAGAGACAUCAAGCCAGAGAACAUUCUUUUGGUGGACCGUGACUUGCACGUCAAGUUGGCAGAUUUUGGGUUGGCCAAGAUCAUCGGAGAGGAAUCUUUCACGACAACACUCUGUGGGACGCCCAGCUAUGUGGCACCAGAGAUCCUAGCAGAUACCCGGAACCGCAAGUACACCAAGGCUGUUGACAUCUGGUCACUAGGUGUGGUGCUUUAUAUCUGCCUGUGCGGCUUCCCCCCAUUUUCGGACGAACUCACCAGUGCUACAUUCCCAUACUCGCUGUCUGAGCAGAUCAGGAAAGGGAAAUUCGACUACCCAUCACCCUACUGGGACCCAGUUGGUGAUCCUGCUUUGGAUCUCAUCGACUCCAUGCUAGUCGUCAACCCAGAGAAGCGUUUCACAGUAGAUCAGUGCCUGGCUCAUCCCUGGAUGACAAUGAAGACACCUGGUGUCAACGACAGUACUAAUGGUCUUGUCAGCGGCAUCCAGGGCUUGGAUGUUACGCGCCGCGGUGUCCAGAGAGAGCGGACAUUGUUAGCCUCGAUUAACAUUGUUCAAGUUGUCAACCAGAUCCCAGGGGGCGACAAGCCCGACGUCAAGGUCUAUACCAAGAACCCAGAAACCACACCCAAGAAGGAGCCCAGACCAGACGAUGCCAGAGACCCGGAUGAGUUUUCCCAACUAGGAGGAAAGGGCGACCAAGUGCUUUUUGGGGAUGACGGUGAUAGCCGGUAUUCCGUGAAUGAUAUUACCAACAAAUCGAAGGCGAAGGGGAAGGCUAACGGGGCAAAGUAAGCUACUAGGCCAGAGAUGGGAUGGAAGGAAUGAGGAUAUGCUUAAUAUUUUAGGUGUGGGAUUACACAGAGGGUUCGGACGAACAGCACAGCGCAGGUGUGGAUCAUGUCUGAUCGCGUUUUCAUAUAUGUUUUUACAAGGAGUUUUCAGGGUUGGGUUUAUAUCUCUACAUGGUUGGCGUGUCGGCCAACAAAUGUCUGCUUUUGAUAUCUGUUCUGCAAGGGAUGAUGGGAUGGGAUGGAGGAAAGGAGAUGGGUUUUCUGAUUCUUGGAGUUUUGUAUCAGUUUUCAUAUUUCCUAUCACUGGUGGCCGAGGCCCUUGUUCUAGUCACUGCUGUUCAGUUAUUAGUUUGCCAUUUUUUCUCAGCGAGACACCCAGGCGAAUCAACAAAAAAGUUUACAUUAUGGGUGCGAGUGCAUAGUGAUGGGUCAGCCAGACAGGCAGAAGGGAGAUUCAUAAUAUUAUAUUAGAUAGCUGCUAAAGUUGACUGUUUCUAUCCAUACAAAUGGCAAGAUGUUUAUGUGACUUUUGGGUGGUAGUACAAGUAGGGUAGGAUUAUACCAGACCUCCUUUACAGAGGGUGACAUCAUUUCUCAUAACUUUUUAGUUGGGAAGGGUGGUGAUGGUGUCACUUGACUGUUCUCGUGUUGGGAGUGUUCCUGCUGAUUUUUUUGAUUUCUCCCCUCACAAACUGGGCAAUGUUGAAGAUGGAUUUUGACGCCUGGUUCAGAGAGAUACAGCCAGUCUGACUACUGG